AUGACUCUCACGAUCGCCAUCGUCGGUGGUGGAAUCGGCGGCCUCGCGGCUGCGAUUGCUCUUCGCCAACACCCCGGUAUUCAGGUCCAAGUCUACGAACGGGCCAGUGAGUUCCACGAGGUCGGUGCGCUUAUAGGUCUAGCCCCUAAUGGGCUCCGGACUCUGGAGAAGUUGGGCGUCCAGGGCGUCUUGGAGGACGAGCUUGGAUGGCGCAACCCUACCGGAACACCCACGUUUACCAAGCACUGGAAGUUAGGGGAUGUCGUGUCCAACAAUGCCUACGAGCGAGUACCCGAUCGACGCCAUCACUUUUCCCGCAUGCACCGGGCCCUGCUGCAGAAAGAGCUGUUGAAGAAGCUGCCCGAGGAUAUUCUGCACCCAGGUAAGGUUGUGACUGAGGUGCAAGUGAGCGAGGAUGAUGCCACGGUGUUCUUCAAGGACAAGACGUCGACGACGGUGGACCUCGUUAUCGGCGCGGAUGGUAUUCGGUCGCAAGUUCGAAAGACCCUUGUUCCCCAGUAUAAACUUAUGGGCUGGGGGGACGCAAUGUUUCGAGCAACGUUCCCGUAUGAGUUGGUCCAAGACAUUGAGGGUCUGGACCAGGACUCGACUCGGUGGCAAAGUCCGACAUCCUGGUUUUUCGCAUCAAGGCUAGGGACAAAAGGCUACGGGGUUACCUUCAACUUCAAUGCCAACACAAAGGAACUCGACGACUUGAAGAAGCCACUUGAAGAUGUCGUGUGGAACUCGCCUGCGAGCGUUGAUGACGUCCGUGACGCAUUCAAGGGAUAUCACCAUCCUGUCCCCGCAAUCAUCGACCGAAUACCACCCGGCACUCUACGAAGAUACACCAACGCAUUCGGCCCCAAGCUAGAUACCUGGACCUUUGCAGAUCGAGUAGUGCUCAUCGGCGACGCAGCCCACGCCCACGGAGGCGCUUUUGGCGCCGGAGCCUCGCUGGCAAUCGACGAUGCCUACACGCUCUAUCUCGCACUACGAGCCGUCUUCCCACAGGCACUUCCCAUAUCGAGACCCAUCCCACGUAGCCACAUUGGCCUAGCGCUGAACUUGUACGAGUCGGUUCGGCGUCCGCAUGCUGCCAGGGUCCUGGACAUUGUGCUGCAGGAUCGCCAGAAGCAGUUUGCGCGCAAUGAGGGACUUAAAGCUGCUGGAAAAGAGGAGAGCGAUCAAGAUUUUAGGGAGAGGAUGAAGGGUAGAAAGGGUGCGGCCUGGCUUCAUGAGCAUGACGUGGAGAAGGCAUUUCAGGAGGCCAUUACCCGUCGAUUUUCAUCGGGAGAACAAAACGGUCACGUGAAGCCGUAA